AUGCUUCCGCGAGUACUGAGAACGAGGGCUUUGCCCAGGAUCUUAAAUAGGAGUUGGAAUGGAAGGACUAUGCUGCAGAGACGGACGUUGAUUCCCGCUCCUAAAGCUGGAGAUGGACCUCUUAUGACUCGAAGAGCAGACCGAGAGCUUCCUGAUCUUCCUGAGGGUGGCAUGAAAUGGCUGCGCACUAUCCCGAUCUUCCUCGUCAUCCUUGUAUCCUCCUCUCUCGCCAUUUUCAACUACCAAAAAUCCUCCUCCUCCGUCGUCUCCUCAACACUCUACUCCCUGCGCACCUCCCCAAAAGCACGCGAGUACCUCGGCGAUGAAAUCUACUUUGCUCAUAAGAUGCCCUGGAUUUGGGGAGAGAUGAACCAACUGCAUGGAAAAAUUGAUAUCCAGUUUGAGGUUAAGGGGACUAAGACGAGUGGUACGAUGCGCUUCACUAGUCACAGGAAGACGAGGAUGGGAAUGUUUGAGACUACGGAAUGGAGCUUGGAGACUUAUGAGACAGAGAUGGUCGAUGGGAAGGAGGUUAGAAAAAAGAUUGAUCUUUUGGAUGGCGCGGAUCCGUUCCAGGGGCUAGAAUUUGAAGAGGAGCCAAAGGUUGUUGGGAGAGGAAGUUAUUCGCCGAAUCUAUCUGGUUGA